AUGAACAACUCAACAUUACAACCUCCAGCAUCCAAUAUGGUCGAAGGCCGUGACUUUUUCAUAACUUUGAUGGUAAUCAAUGCUUUCAGUGGUUUCUUGGCGACUGUUCUGAACCUUUUGAUCAUCGUGACUUUAAUCAAGACGCCAUCUUUACGAACACCUUCGAACAUUCUUAUUCUUAAUCUAUCCAUCACUGACUUUGGUGUUGGUGCUUUGGUGCAGCCUGUUUACUCUAUAGUCAUAUUUGCACAUAUGAACAAAGUUUUACUUCGCAGUCAAUUUGUACUUAAUCCAGUUACAAUGAUAUUAUCAUGUGCAUCGCUUUUGACAAUAACUGUCAUUACGGUGGAUAGAUUCCUUGCUCUCCUUUUGAGUCUAAGAUACCAAGAAAUUGUUACAAAGAGACGCACUUCGAAAGUAGUUAUAAUGAUUUGGACAUUCAGUGUCUCACUGCCUUGUAUACUAUUGGCGAUUUUCUCGUUUUUUAAAAAGAUUAAGGAUUAUGACGUCGUAGUUGUGCAAAUAAAUAACUUUUUAUUUCUUUCACUCUUUUUGUUAAAUAUUGCUCUGAUGCUGAAAAUAUCUUCCAUAAUCAAUCGACAUUCAGCGCAGAUUCAAGUUCAGCAGCAGGCAAUGAACGCACAGCCUGGUGCAGCAGGGAACAUUAAGAGAUCUGUGAAUAUGAUGUAUUUUAUACUGGGAACAUUUUUCCUGUGUUAUUUCCCAUGUAUUUGCUUUAGAAUUAUUGCAUACUUUUCAUUGUCGAAAAUUGCCUUUGUCUGGCAGGUAGUAUCGAACGUAGUUUUUACCAUUCUCUGCAUGAAUAGCAGUAUCAAUCCAAUCAUAUAUUUCUGGAGAAUACCAGACAUGCGAAAUGCUGCUCUUCAAUUGUUGCGAUCUAUUCGAAGAAACAAUAAUAACAUUAACGAUAACAAUAAUAAUAGAGAUGCUGAAAACGACGUCUACGUAUUAUAA